CACUGCUCUUUCAUUCUGUUGGAAAGUUGACUGCCAAUCUGUAACUGGAGAACACUCGAGUGCUAGUAGGCACAUUGACACACCCUAAAGUUACCGAUUUAUUUUGACAAAGAACUCCGAGCAAGGAAUUAGUUAAAAGAGCCAUAUCGAUCCAGCAUCGGAUAAUUCAGGAAAACUUUUGUUUUCUUUCCUAUUCAGCAGACAUGAAAUCUUGCUUAUGGAUUGCGUUGUUUGUAACUCUUGCUAUAGGGACGAAAACACAAGAGUUGGAUCUUGCUGAUGCCUUAGAUUUUGAUGACCCUAAGGCAACUGCUAUUCCAAAACAGCCAAAGAAACCUGCAAAGGAUCCCAGUCCAGGUAGGGAAACCUAUCACAUAAUAUAACACUGACUGUGGGAUGAAACAAACUCUGGAAGUCAACAAGAAGUCACUAGCGAGGGAAGAUAGAUAUCUCAUUAGUCACAACUCCUAUGACUCAACAUGAACCACAUCAAUAACCACUUUGAAGGAACAGAAUAUGAGCACAGCAUGUGACUGCAGGGUGGCCCAGCCCCCAAAGGGGACUCUUAUGCAAGGAUCAACCCUAUGCAAGGAUUUCCUUUUGUGUUGUCACACUUCUUCAAAUACCCCUCUACAUGACCAGAUUCUUCUGUGUUGACAGUAUUAUAAUCAUGCUAUAAGCAUAAAUAAAUGCCAUAUAUUUAUUUUUCACUGUUGUGCUUUAAGGGUUCAUCCAGUUUGCAAUUUGGGUGAUAGAUUUAUAACUGCAUCAAAUUGUAUAGUUAUACUGUUGUAGUAUUCAGUUAUAUUCAACCAGUAAUAACUGGCUAAAUGAAACACCCAUCCCUUUCAGCAAAUCGCAGCCUGGAUCGCCUGCUUUUAUUAUUCUAUAUUUCUAAUAAGUUUUCCUUUCCUGGCUUUAAAAUGGUUCAACUCGAGGGUGAAAAUCAUGGGAAUUACGGUUUAAAGUUGACGCUUUUGAAAUCCAUCUUCCUUGAUUCACCUUUCCUCUUCUUAGAGCCUGAUAAACCAGCUGGGAUCCCUCCUAAAGAAGGUGGAACUAGUAAGGCAUCUAUGGCCGACAAAUGUCAAAUGAAUGGAUAGCUCACAUGUAUUUCAGCUAAGAUUCUCUUUCUGUACUCAGAUGAUUUAGAUUUCAUGGAUACGUCAAUGUGUUUAUUUAAUGUGUUCUUAACUAAAUAUGUUCUCCAAUCAUUUGUCCAAUCAUUUUCCCAAUGUGGAAUACAAUGCUCUUAUAGUUGAUAUACUUGAUGCCCUUUCCAGAUCCCAAACCUGCCCCUCCACCUCCCGCACCUGUAGAUCCCAAAAAACCAGCUGAUGAUGGGAUGGAUUUUGACCUGUCUGAUGCCUUGGGUCCAGAUCCCGUACCGGGUAAACCAGCAGUUGUUCCACCUAAAGAUGGAGGCACCGGUGGCGGGUCCUUCGGAGACAAUGACCUGUUUGAUGUGAGCGACAACGGUGGCUACAAGCCUGAUCCCGGCAAGGGAGGUGGAGGAGGAGGAGGAGGAGGAGGUAAUGCUCCUGCAGAUCAACCUCAAGAUGUAGAAGCUGGAUCUGGUCAGAUCGCUGGCGUAGUGAGUGCAAUAGGAGUGGCCCUCCUUGGUGCUGCCUCCAGCUACUUUGCCUACCAGAAGAAGAAACUGUGUUUCAAGAUUCAGGGAGGUGUAGACCCAGAAAGUGGAAAGAACACACGUGGAGCUCGGUCUGAUCCCCAAUCGAUGAGCAACUUGCUCAGGUCAUUCUAACUUCGAUCAGGUCAUCAUAGAGGAACCUCACCUUUAGCAAAGAAACACCUUCUUCCAUCAGCCGGUAUCAACUGUCUGCUGGAGACGUCAGUGGGCAAAAAAACACAAUCAAAUCUCUAUAUAUUUUUUUCAUUUGUCUUUCAUUUGUAAUUUAACUUUGGGAGAAUGUUAGUUAUAUGUUUUCUUUUUGUGUGUGUGCCUUAUCUAGCUGUGUAAAGACACUUAGAUAGAUAUACAACUUGAAUACAUGUUUUUUGAAUUGAAGAUCUGUCAAUCAUUUUCAUUGUAUAUUGUACAGUACCAAACAAUUGUCUUUCGACUUGCUGACUUUUCAUCACUUUUCAUUUCAUUUUCAUUUUAUACUUUAGUAGGCCUAGCUAGUAUCCACAACUACAUUUUUUACAUUUGACUGUGUUUACAUUCCACAUAGCUUUCCUAUUUGUUUGACUUGAAUUGUCUCCACAUAUAUUCAAUUCUGAUUGGCAGUAGGGUCUCUCUUUUCAUCAAAUAACAGCUCUUGUUUUUAAAUAUAAUCCUUUACCAAAGGAUUUAGAAAUGUUUGAAUAGAUUAAGGUAUGAUGAAAAAAAAAAGUGCCUUAGAGAAAGAGAUUCUUUUGUUGGAUAUGAAAAGAGUGUGUAGGGUACUAUUUGGGAUGAGGAUUGGUUUCAGGCUGAACUUUUAGCUGCGUCGUGUUUUGUCUUCUAAGUUAAUUGUUUGGGGUGCAAGCCACUCGUUAGUGUUUAUGUGAGGAAAGAUAAAUGCACAUAUACUGAGAAGUGGUUAUUGUAUGUUGUAAGUUAUACUUGUUUAGGAUUGUUAUGAACGAUUGCUUGAUUUCUGAUGCAAUACAGAUAAGAAUAGAAAUCGAUACCUGGGGUUGAUACCAAACUGGUAAACUAGAAUGUUCUACCGUGUCACUUGUGCUGUAAAUGCUAAUGAAGAAUGCAUAUAAAAGCUCUGCUGAUUUUUUGCUGUGUGAUAUCUGCCAUUUUUGUUCUCUAACUUUCAGCACAUGUAAUUAAAACCUUUUUAAGUAACUGUAACUGAAGAAGUGUUACUGCUUAUUCUCUACCAAUACAGGAAAUCAUUUGUUGACUUAGUUGAUUGUAGUAAGUUAGUUUUGUGUGUUUUGAAGGAAGCUUGAUUCCAUCUCUGAAAGACAAUGGAGGGCUGUCGAAAAUGUACCUUAUUGUUAUCAAUAAAGUUAACUUUUUACAAUUGA